AUGGCAGACAGGAGAAAACGCCGGCGAGCAGACCCAAGUUCCGAUUCCGAUUCAGACCAGAGAGUCGGAUCCAAAAGCCUCCCCUUCAAGAAGGACCUGAAACCAGACUCAGCGAUCCUCUCAUCUCUCCAAGAACUCUCAAAAGCUGCCGCCGCAGCCAGCUCGUCCUCCAACAAGCCCCGCACUCUGACGGAACUAUCCCUCUCCACUAACUGCCGCGAGGUCUCCGAACUCGAGCUCUCCGCCGUGCAAUCCUCCAUCGAACACCUCGUCAUCAAGAUCGCCCGCUCCAUCCUCAGCGGCUCCGGUUUCGCUUUCGACGUCCCCGCCCGCUCCGCCGCCAACCAGCUCUACGUCCCUGAGCUCGACCGCAUUGUCCUCAAGGACAAAACCUCCCUCCGCCCAUACGCCAGCGUCGCCACCGUCCGCAAAGCCACCAUCACCGCUCGCAUACUCCAGCUCAUCCACCAGCUCUGCAUCAAGAACAUUCACGUCACCAAGCGUGACCUCUUCUACACCGACGUCAAGCUCUUUCAGGACCAGACCCAAUCGGACUCUAUUCUCGAUGACGUUUCUUGUAUGCUCGGCUGUACCCGUUCUAGCCUCAAUGUGAUCGCCGCCGAGAAAGGGGUUGUUGUGGGCAGACUAAUUUUCAGCGAUAAUGGCGAUAUGAUUGAUUGCACCAAAAUGGGCAUGGGUGGAAAAGCCAUUCCGCCCAACAUUGAUCGGGUUGGGGACAUGCAGAGUGAUGCUUUGUUCAUCCUUCUGGUUGAGAAGGAUGCUGCUUAUAUUAGGUUAGCUGAGGAUCGAUUCUAUAAUCGGUUUCCUUGUAUAAUUGUUACUGCAAAGGGACAACCUGAUGUGGCCACCAGACUGUUCUUGAGGAAGAUGAAAGUAGAGUUGAAGCUUCCAGUCCUCGCACUUGUGGACAGUGAUCCUUAUGGAUUGAAGAUCUUAUCAGUUUACGGUUGUGGGUCAAAGAACAUGUCAUAUGACAGUGCAAAUUUGACGACGCCGGAUAUAAAGUGGCUGGGAAUUAGGCCAAGCGAUUUGGACAAGUAUAAGAUACCAGAGCAAUGUAGGUUACCGAUGACAGAGCAGGAUAUAAAGACCGGAAGGGAUAUGCUGGAGGAAGACUUUGUGAAGAAGAAUCCUGGGUGGGUUGAGGAGCUGAGUUUGAUGGUGAAGACAAAGCAGAAGGCUGAAAUUCAAGCUUUGAGCUCUUUCGGGUUCCAGUACUUAUCAGAGGUCUAUUUGCCACUGAAGUUGCAGCAGGAGGAUUGGCUGUGAGUAGUGAGGCUUAGGUGGAGAUGGAGAUGUUGUGUAAUGCUAUUUCAUGUUUUUCCUGUUCUUACUGUUUUUGUAAUUUGAUCAGUCCAUGUAUCCUUUUACUUCAUUAAUCAUACAAGGUUUUUGGAGUUCAGCA